UGGAGCUACUAGGGCAGCGCAAUUGGGAAUGGCGGAUCGAGUAGCGGUGGAAGCGUCGAGGCUCCGCGGUAAGGUCGCGAUUGUGACCGCGUCCACGCAGGGGAUCGGAUUUGGCAUUGCUCGAAGGCUAGGAUUGGAAGGCGCCUCGGUUGUUGUCUCCUCGCGCAAGCAGAAAAAUGUGGACGAAGCUGUUGCGUCUUUAAAGUCGCUUGGGAUCGAUGCCUUCGGAGUUGUGUGCCAUGUUUCCGACGCUGCCCAGAGGCAGAAUUUGAUGCAAAAGACUGUCGAUAAAUAUGGUCGCAUCGACAUUCUCGUCUCCAAUGCUGCCUCAAAUCCCUCAGUGGACACUCUGGUGGAGAUCCCCGACAAGGCUCUCGAUAAACUCUGGGAAGUUAAUGUCAAGGCCACUGUGCAAGUCAUUCAGGCGGCGGCGCCUCAUCUAUCAGAGGGCUCAUCAAUUGUGUUGAUCUCCUCCAUAGCCGGAUAUAAUCCCUCCCCUGGCCUCGCCAUGUAUAGCGUCACGAAAACAGCGUUGCUCGGACUGACAAAGGCGCUGGCGAUGGAACUCGCUCCAAAAACUCGAGUGAACGGCGUCGCGCCGGGAUUUGUGCCCACGCACUUCGCGAGCUACCUCACAGAGAACGAAGCUGUCAGAUCAGGCAUCGAGUCCCACACGCUGCUGAAAAGACUCGGAACAGUGGACGACAUGGGGGCGGCGGUAGCGUUUCUAGUCUCGAGUGACGCAUCGUACAUCACUGGCGAGACAAUUGUUGUAGCUGGAGGGAUCCAAAGUAGACUAUGAGACUUUGUGCCCUGGAUCCAAAGAAGUCUUGCUACCAAUCGGAUCCCAUGGUAACUUAAAACGCUCUAAACGCCACAGCCAGCCUCUCGCUGUGGGGUUUCCACCUUCCCUCUGAUCAACUAGCCUUGAAAAUGUAGCCAAUAAUCGUCAUUCUCAUUUCCUCCCGUGUGACUUCCAUCAUCAACUAAAACGUAUGAUAAGAAUUUUCACUUGGUC